AUGGAACUUGCCAUGAAGAUAUUCUUGGUAGCACUGAGUGGAUUUUGUACAGUCUUUGUGCAGAGUAAACUAAAACCCAUACCGCUACCCUCUACUCUGAAAAAAUGUCUGGAAGAUAAAAAAGAAUCUCGUCCUACUCUUACCGACGAAGAAGCUAUAGGAACAUGUAUGUUAGAUUUUAUGUGGAAAAAUAAAUUGAAAUGCGGAACAACAUCUCAGGAUACAAUCACGUGGUUUGCUCAACUGGCGGUGAACCGAGUAAAUACGACAAUGCAAAAAGGUCGACAAUUGUGGAGACAGCCAGAGAAGAUAAGGGGGAUAAGAAAAGAAUACAGAAUGCUGACAGAUGAUGAAAGAAAUAAUUACCACAGAGCCGUUAAUGCUCUUAAACGAAACACUGCCAUAAGACCAAACAAAUAUGAUGCGUUAGUAGAAUUCCAUCGUGGUUUAGCCGGAACAUCUGCUCAUCGAGGACCCGCGUUUCUAGGCUGGCAUCGUUAUUUCCUUUUUUUAUAUGAACAAGCACUUCAAGAAGAGGUACCUGGUGUGAUGCUUCCAUAUUGGGCUUCAUCACUUGAUGCAGAAAUGACAGAUGCAACAGAUUCUGUUAUCUGGACGGAUUUAUUUGCUGGUAAUGGAAAUGGAUCCGUAAAAACGGGACCAUUUGCUAACUGGAUGACCGUUACUGGACAAUUGACGAGAGCAAUAGGACAGGGCCAGCUCAUGGAUAUGAAACGAGUCCAGGACACGAUAAAUAACCACUAUAACCACGAUACAUUUGGGGUAGAUUUGGAAGGUCAACAUGAUAAUGUUCACUUAUAUGUAGGUGGCCAGAUGGGCGAUAUAAAAGUAGCACCAUCAGACCCAAUUUUCUUUUUGCACCACGCAUAUGUUGAUUGUAUAUGGGAACAAUUUAGAGAAAAAUUAAAGCGUCGCUUCGUUGACCCUGUCGACGACUAUCCACCUGGCACAGAUGGUCAUGCAGCAGACGAUAUAAUGAUAAAUCUUCCACGUUUCCCUAAUAAAAGAUCUCCAUCUCGCCAUGGAACACUGUUGAAAAACAAAGAUGGCUACCGAGAUUUUUGGACUGAUGAUUACUACACAUGUGCUCCACUUCCAGAGUGUAGUUACAGAGACCCUAACUGUGGCUCACAAUGGCUGACGUGUAAUGUAUUUACCCAACGUUGUGUUUCAAAGGGAUCUGCUGCUGCUCUUCCCAAAAUAACACCAACACAAAUGAUGAAGGUUAUGUACCAAUGUUUUCCAGAUCGAUUACCAUCUCACAUGAAACCCCCACCCACGCCUACCGACUUUCCGACUUUAACAUAUGAUAUGAUAUCUUCGGGUGAAAUGUUUUAUACAGUUAUAAAAGAGUCUUCCACUACAACGACCACCCAUCAUAUUGGAAAAAGAUCCGUUCGUAAUCAUCAUCAACGAAACAUGAUGCAAGAAGUUCAGGUCGAGACCGUGCAUGGACCAAGACGGUUUCAACAACAUAGAACCCAACCAAUGACGGGUCGUCCUAUAAUUCAAAAUGUCACAUGGCCAGCUGUUCCCGCGGUUCGUCCUGCGGUUCGUCCUGAGGAUAUUGCUUGGGUAACCGAAACCCAUCACUUUCGCCCCACUCCCCGACCAAUUGAGCAUAUAAAACAAACACAAUCUAGAACUGUGCAAGAAAUUCCGACUAUUCCAACUACUUGGACUAUAGAAGAAUUUUAUAUUCCGGAAAUCGAAAAACCAUGUGAUGGCUAUCCAAUACAAAACACAUUUUCUAUCAACUGUAAAUCUAAAACUGACCUGUGGGUAUUUGUUCCAGUAAAAGUUGUUCAUGUUCGACAUGGUGACGUUAAAUAUACUAACUACAAAGUUGAUGAAAACGGUAUAUAUUCCGAUGAAGAUAUAUAUUCCACUGGAGAAUGGAUUGAAUUCUUUAAUGGAAAGCCGUUAAAGAAACGUCCAGAAAUUGGCAAAUGUAGAAAUGACAAAUCAGGUUUGGUAAAAGUUCGAGUGACCUCAAUUGGACUCAGUUAUGAUGGUACAUACCGUGACCACGUGUUCGUUGAUAAUAGACAACCGGUAACAGAAGCAAUUACCUUUAUAGCCGUAAAAGACCCGGAUAUGAACCCAACCAAAGUACUUUUUACGGCUGUAGAUCAGUGUGGGAUAGCCUGUCGAGCUUACUGUCGCCGACCUUGGGGAUCAGGCUAUGAAGAAUGUAGUGGGGCUGUCGAGUUGACUUCAGGAUAUCCUAAGGGAUAUGCUAAAUCUUACAGAGAUUCGGAAAAAAAUGUAUGGAAAAGUUCUGGUUCAAAUAUUGUACAUGCAGAUGAAAACGAAAUCGCAGUCAUAUUUUAUUGUGAUUACCAAAAUUAUCGGCCAAAAAAGCUUUUUUAAUAAAUUCAUGAAUUUCUCA